AGUUUGUCCACCGCCGCGUCCCGUUUUCUCCCUCAGCCUGGCGGGGCGGGGCGGUGGGAAGAGGCUGGGACCUGCGGCCGCUGUUGGAGGGUGACCGGUAGCGCCGGAGCCGAGGUGGCGGCGCGGUCGGAAACGGAGGAAGGAGGCUGUGGUGCAGGAUGGCGGCCACGACCUACGAGCAGCUGAAGCUGCACAUCACCCCUGAAAAAUUUUAUGUGGAAGCUUGUGAUGAUGGAGCAGAUGAUGUACUUAUCAUCGACCGUGUGUCCACAGAAGUUACACUCUCAGUCAAGAAAGAUAUUCCUCCUUCAGCAGUCACAAGACCAAUAUUUGGAAUACUGGGCACAAUCCAUCUGGUGGCAGGUAAUUAUCUAAUUGUCAUUACCAAAAAGAAAAAAAUAGGUGAAUUUUUCAAUCAUGUAAUCUGGAAAGCAACAGAUUUUGAUGUCCUUUCUUAUAAGAAGACGAUGUUGCACUUAACUGAUAUUCAGUUACAAGAUAAUAAAACUUUCCUUGCAAUGAUGAACCAUGUCUUGAGUAUGGAUGGGUUUUACUUUUCAACGACAUAUGAUUUGACCCAUACUUUGCAGCGGCUCUCCAACACUAGUCCAGAAUUCCAGGAAAUGAGUCUCUUGGAAAGGGCAGAUCAACGGUUUGUAUGGAAUGGUCAUCUUCUCCGAGAACUUUCUGCUCAGCCAGAGGUCCAUCGGUUUGCCCUUCCGGUAUUACAUGGCUUUAUUACCAUGCACUCAUGUUCUAUUAAUGGAAAAUACUUUGAUUGGAUUCUCAUCUCGAGGAGGAGUUGUUUCAGAGCUGGUGUGCGCUAUUAUGUGAGAGGAAUUGAUUCCGAAGGCCAUGCAGCCAACUUUGUAGAAACAGAACAAAUUGUGCACUACAGUGGGAGCAGGGCUUCGUUUGUACAGACUCGAGGAUCAAUACCACUUUACUGGUCUCAAAGACCAAACCUCAAGUACAAACCAUUGCCACUGAUCAACAAAGUAGCAAAUCAUAUGGACGGUUUCCAAAGGCAUUUUGAUUCACAAAUAAUUAUUUAUGGAAAACAAGUCAUAAUCAAUCUGGUAAAUCAGAAGGGCUCAGAGAAGCCACUUGAACAGGCAUUUGCCACAAUGGUGUCUUCCUUGGGGAACGGAAUGAUCAGGUACAUUGCCUUUGACUUCCAUAAGGAAUGUAAAAAUAUGAGGUGGGAUCGGCUAAGUAUUUUAUUGGAUCAGGUAGCAGAAAUGCAAGAUGAAUUAAGUUAUUUUCUAGUGGACCCAGCCGGCUUGGUGCUGAGUACCCAGGAGGGCGUGUUCCGCAGCAACUGCAUGGACUGUCUGGACAGAACCAACGUGAUCCAGAGCCUGCUGGCUCGCCGGUCACUUCAGGCCCAGCUUCAGAGACUAGGAGUUUUGCAUGUGGGACAAAAGCUUGAAGAACAAGAUGAAUUUGAGAAGAUUUACAAAAAUGCCUGGGCUGACAAUGCAAAUGCUUGUGCCAAACAGUAUGCAGGCACUGGUGCCUUGAAGACUGACUUUACCAGAACUGGAAAGAGAACUCAGUUGGGACUUAUAAUGGAUGGCUGGAACUCAUUAAUACGGUAUUACAAGAACAACUUUUCUGAUGGAUUUAGACAAGAUUCCAUAGACUUAUUUCUUGGGAACUAUUCAGUGGAUGAAUUAGAAUCUCAUAGUCCGUUAAGUGUUCCAAGAGAUCUGAAAUUCCUGGCUUUGCCUAUUAUCAUGGUUGUUGCCUUUUCCAUGUGCAUUAUCUGUCUGCUGAUGGCUGGUGACACGUGGACAGAAACCCUGGCCUAUGUGCUCUUCUGGGGAGUCGCAAGCAUUGGAACAUUUUUUAUUAUUCUUUACAAUGGCAAAGACUUUGUUGAUGCUCCCAGAUUGGUCCAAAAAGAAAAGAUAGACUGAAUUUGUGUCUGUGGAAAGCGGCUUGGCCUGGAAGAUUCCAUCAUGCAGAACUGGAGUCUUUACUGACCCGCUUUCCACGGCAGCCGAGAUCUUUGUAAAUCGUUUAUCCAGGAGCACAUCUUGUGCUUGGUGUGGGGGUGAUGACUUAGAGUUGAUCUGGUGUUACUGCCUUGAUGAUCUCUUCACUAUAUUGGGAUAGUUAUAAUUUGAAUCUAGUCUGUAAUUAAAAUGUAACCUGAAUUCAACUCACAGGAUGGAAGGAACCUAUACAUCAUCAGUUUAAUCAGCCAUUGAAGAAUGAGUAAUAUAUUUAAAAAAUCUAGCUUCUUCCCUCAUUUGAAACAGUGAAAAUUAUUUUUCUAGCUCAGUUUAUUGUCACUGUAGAAGCAGUUGCUAUUAGCAGGCUUACUUUUCAAUAUACCUUUGAACUUUUCUUAACAGUUUAACAGUAAGCUAACUCUAGUCUGUUCAUAACGUGUAAAUCUCCUACAUAGAGAUAGUUGGACAAAAUUGUCCAUGACUACAUAGUAGGAAAGAGGAGACCAGGGUCUGGUGUUCCUCUUGAGUUCUAGUUGGGCUGCCUUACGAGUUCAGUCAGCUUGAACUGUGCAGUUUAAGUGUGAUGAAAAAAGUUCAGGUAUACUCUAUCUUUUUUAAAAGGUGUAAAUGAAAUCAGCGAAUGUAAAGUCUAUUCCUCAUGCUAGAGGUCCAAAGCCGCCUCGGUCUUCGGGAUCGCCCCGGUGUGGGAAACACCCUCGCUUGGUCAGCGCCUCCCUCCUGACCCUCGAGCUUUCCUAGGGUCUUUCUUCGAGACACGCGGGUCCCUGAGUGCGUCUCAUGCCGAAUUCCAUGUUGCACUUGGAGGCAGCAGCUGCUUUUCCACGCACGGUAGUGUUGACACUUUUCACUCUGUAACUAUUUUUGUUAGUUCUCAGUAAGUGUGUCUGAAAUUUAGUGCUUCCAGGUAGUUAUCAUUCUCCAAAUCAAGGACCAACUUACAGCUUUAAUUUAUGUGUUGAAAUAAACCUGAAGAAUACACUUUAGAAUCUGUGCAUAGUUCUAAUUAAUAAUAAGUUGGAAACUGUAUAUUGAAAUUGUAAUUAUGAGGUUUAAAAACUAGAAAGUAUCUAAGGUAGUGUAAUUGCCACUAUUUUACAAUAGUUCAAUUAAAUACUGCUGCAAUAUUUGUGUUGUGCUUGAAAAUAUGUACAGGUUUUUUUUUUUUUCCAAUGGUAAUAAUACCUUUUGUUGUCCUUAAAUAUCUCUAAAAAGCGCCUUGAUUUUAACAUCACCUUUUUUCCAACAUUAUCAUUGAUAAACAUUAAUAAGAGUUGUUGCUUUUAGAAACUCUAAAGGAAAUAAUAGCUGGAAAACCCUCUGUAGCUUAAAGUCAGUCGUUAACACUCAUAAUAGGGUAAGUAAUUAGAACUGCCUACUCUUAACUUGUAAAUAGCAUCAUUUGUUCCAAAGAGGAAAUAUCAAAACUCGGUUCAUGUCUACUGUGACGUACUGGGCAUUUCACGUUAAGAACUUAUUUCAGCAACCACGACAAAGACCAAAUCUGAACUGCUGAUGUGGCUGUUUUGCAGUGAAUGGGCUAAUGUUGGUGUGUUAGACCUUGAGGUGUCAAUAUUUCAGAAACCUGCAGUGAUUUUAUUCCUAAAUUCAUGUACUGUCUCAUCUGUAAGUGAAAAUAAAAUGACAUAUUCUUUUCUAA